AUGUUUAUCACUGCAUUUUUGACCCCGUAUACCCUCCUUCUCUUCCCAAUACUCUACUACCUUCUUCCAUAUCUCCGAAAUAAAAGUUUACGAAAAAUCCCUGCCCCGUUCCCAGCUGCCUUCACCAGUCUUUGGCUAUUGUACCAGGCUCGACGGGGUCGAAGAUACCUCAAGGUUGAUGAAUUGCAUAAGAAAUAUGGCAAAGUUGUGCGAAUACAGCCUCAUCAUGUCUCCAUUGCCGACAUGGACGCCAUCCAGACCAUCUACGGGCACGGCAAUGGCUUUCUGAAAAGUGAAUACUACGAUGCCUUCGUAUCCAUUCGACGAGGUCUCUUCAACACCCGCGACCGAGCCGAGCAUACUCGCAAGCGCAAGGUCGUUUCACACACAUUCAGCGCCAAAUCCAUCGGCCAGUUCGAACAAUACAUUCACGCCAAUCUGGAACUCUUCAGCAGCAAAUGGACCGACAUGGCAAAAAACCGCAAAAACCCAAAGACCGGCUACGCCAGUAUCGACGCCCUGCACUGGUUCAACUACCUUGCAUUCGAUAUCAUUGGUGACUUAGCAUUCGGAGCUCCAUUUGGCAUGCUCGAGCAUGAGCGUGACUUCGCUGAGAUCCGCAAAACACCCAACUCACCGCCAACAACGGCUCCCGCUAUUGAGGUUCUCAACCGCCGUGGUGAGGUCUCCGGCACACUAGGCUGCCUGCCACAACUGAAGCCCUACGCCAAGUAUCUGCCCGACAAAUUCUUCAGCCAGGGUGUGGAGGCCGUCGAGAACCUAGCAGGUAUCGCUAUCGCCCGCGUUUCGCAACGACUUGAGAAUCCCAAUACCGACCGAGUGGAUCUCUUAGCACGCCUGAUGGAAGGCAAGGAUGCGAACGGCGAGAAACUCGGCCGCGAAGAGCUCACCGCAGAGGCCUUGACGCAACUGAUCGCCGGCUCCGACACCACCUCCAACACCGCAUGCGCUAUUCUGUACUACGUGAUCCGCACACCCGGGGUCCUAGAAAAGCUCCAAAAGGAGCUCGACGCCGCGAUGCCCGCAGGCGUGCCCACAUAUGACCAAGUCAAAGACCUCCCAUACGUGCAGUGGGUAAUCAGCGAGACGAUGCGAAUUCACUCAACAUCCUCACUCGGUCUUCCCCGCCUCGUCCCGGGCGCGACGCCGGAAAACCCGAACCCAAAGCCCGUCGAGAUCCUAGGCUACAGCUUCCCACCAGGUACCGCGCUCUCCGUGCCCAGCUAUACUAUCCACCACAGCAAGGAAAUCUGGGGCCCGGAUGCCGACGAGUUUGUCCCCGAACGCUGGGACGAGAAAACCCGCCUCACCGCCAGACAGAAGGAGGCAUUCAUCCCCUUCAGCUACGGGCCCCGCGCCUGUGUCGGCAGGAAUGUCGCUGAGAUGGAGCUGAAGUGUAUCGUCGGCACCGUCUUCAGGAAUUUCGAGUUCAAAGAUGAGCAUGAUGGUCCCAUGGAGACCAGGGAGGGGUUCCUCAGAAAGCCCCUUGCUUACAACGUCGGAAUCAGGCGUCGCAGCACGUAA